AUGGCUACCCCUAGUGUCCUAGCUUUUGACGCUGAGGGUCGCGCCAUUGACUUUGAGGUCUGGGUCGACGACCUGCAGCUGUUCUUACAGUGCGACAGAGCAGACGGCCUUUCUCUCUUUGACCUCACUUCUGGUGCCUCUCCUGCCCCUGCUGAUGAUGCUGAUCCCACUGUGCGCUCUCACUGGGCCACCCGCGAUGCUGCUGCACGUCUUGCUGUGCGUCGCCACCUCCCUACAUCUGAGCGCGCGCACUUUAGUCAGUACAAGAGUGCUCAGACCUUGUACGACGCUGUAGUCGCGCGCUACUCCUCCCCUGCCACUGCUGCACUGAGCCGUCUCAUGCUUCCCUACCUCUUUCCUGACCUCUCUGCCUUUCCCACUGUCGCUGACCUCAUUACGCACCUCCGCACUAGUGACACUCGCUACCGCGCCGCCCUUCCUGCUGAGUUCUGCGCCAAGAACCCCCCCCCCAUGUACAUCACUCUCUACUACGUAGUCGCGCGCCUCCCUGACUCUCUUCGCGUAGUCAGGGACCACUUUCUCGCGGUCUGUCCCACCACCCUCACCGUCGACAUCCUCGAGAAGGCCCUACUCGCGGCGGAGAAGAGCAUCGUCGCUGUAGGAGCUUCUCGUGGUGACCCUCGCACCCCCAUCUUUGAGGGGUGCUCUCCUUCCCCCCUCCUGCCCUCUGUUGCCUCUGCUGCUGCUGCCGACCUGCUUGGUCUCGAGUCGGUUGGCGCGGCGUCUGCCUCUAGUGGGAGACGCCGCUCUUGCAAGGGCAAGGGGGGCAAGGGCGCGGGUGGAGCUGGAGGGGGCGGUGGAGGUGGCGGUGGAGGCGGCGGAGGGAGUGGGGGUGGCGGCGGGAGUGGUGGAGGGGGUGGUGGUGGUAGUGGUGGCAGCGGCGGAGGAGGCGGCGGUGGUGGCGGCAGCGGUGGUGGUGGCGGCAGUGGUGGCGGUGACGGUGGGGGAGGCGGCGGCGGAGGAGGCGGUGGUGGCGGAGGAGGUGGAGCUGGUCGGGGCGGUACCCAGCAGCGGAGCGGCGGUGGUGGUGGUCAGCGCUCGCAGCAGCAGCAGCAGCAGCGUUCGCGCGACAUCCCUCCGCCCCAGCAGCUCCGUGAGUGGUACACUCGACGUCAGAGGGGUGGGGGUACAGGUCCUUGUACCUACGUCCUUCGCUCUGGCGACCGCGCGGGUGAGCAGUGUGGGGGUGCCCACCCCACCCAGCGCUGCUUUGGCCGCCUGACGGACGCUUGGCGUCAGCAGUUCCCCGGGGCUAGUGAGAUCCCUCGCUGGGAUGAGCUUCUUAGGGCUGGUGUAGCGAUCUUUGAUCUUGAUUUUGAUGCUAUCCUUGCUGCUAUGUAUGCUGUGAGUAUUGGUGAGGAGGGUGACUGUUACCGGUGUUUCCCGCCCGACCCGGGCAUUGGUACUGCUGCGCUAGGUGCUUGUGAGGCUGCUGCUCUAGGUGCCAGUGCGUCUGCGCUCUCAGGUGCUGGUGAGACUGCGCUCUCAGGUACUGCGUCGCCUUCGUCCUCCCUCACUUUCACACUUGACUCCGGGGCUUCUCGCUCCUUCUUUCGAGACCGCACCACCCUCACGCCGCUUGGCCGGCCGGUUGCGGUCUCCCUGGCUGACCCCUCUGGGGGUCCUGUCCUCUCUCACUUCUCCACUGUCCUCCCGUGUCCGGCUGCCCCCUCGGGCACCCUGUCUGGUCUGUACCUUCCCUCGUUCUCGACGAACUUGGUGAGUGGUGCGGACCUACAGGAUGCGGGGGUUCACCAGUUCACUCCUGCGAGUCAGCGGGUGACCCACUGCACGGACGCACGCACAGGCCGGCACCUGGCCACGUUCUCGCGUCGGCCGGGGUCGAGCCUCUACACCCUGACCACUACGUCUCCUCCUGUCCCUGCGUCUGGUCAGGUAGCUGCGUCAGGUCAUGUGUUUGCUGCUGCGUCCCGGUCAGGUCCUGAGUCUGCCCCCUGUUCGUGUCGCCUCCUGUCUCACGAGACUCUCCUGUGGCACCACCGUCUGGGCCACCCCUCCUUGCCCCGUCUUCGGAGCAUGGCUUCCCGUGUCCUUGUCUCUGGUCUUCCCCAGUCUCUCCCUCCCCUUCCUUCCGGGCCAGGACCUUCCUGUGUCCCCUGUGUCGAGGGGCGCCUCCGGGCUGCUCCUCACUCCUCCCAGUUCCCCCCGACAGAGGCUCCUCUGCAGACGCUUCACAUGGACGUGUGGGGCCCAGCCCCCGUCCGUGGGCAGGGUCACGAGCGCUACUUCCUGUUGGUUGUUGACGACUACUCGCGUUACACCACAGUCCUCCCCUUGCGCAGCAAGGGUGCUGUCACUGAGGUGUUGAUCGACUGGAUCCGCGAGGCUCGUCUCCAGCUCAGGAGGAGCUUCGGCUCGGACUUUCCUGUUCUGCGUCUGCACUCGGACAAAGGCGGGGAGUUCUCCUCUCGCCUUCUGCGAGACUACUGUCGUGCACGGGGGAUCCGCCAGACCUUCACGCUUCCGGACUCUCCACAGCAAAAUGGGAUUGCUGAGCGCCGCAUUGGCAUGGUCAUGGAUGUCGCUCGUACGUCCAUGAUGCAUGCGGCUGCCCCCCAUUUUCUGUGGCCGUUUGCGGUGAGGUACGCGGCGCAUCAGCUCAACCUUCACCCCAGGGUCUCUCGGCCCGCGAUGUCCCCAGUGUUACUGUGGACGGGGAAGGUCGGCGAUGCGUCUGCGUUCCGUGUCUGGGGAUCUCGGGCGUUUGUCCGCGACUUGUCUGCGGACAAGCUGUCCCCUCGUGCUGCUCCCUGUGUCUUCCUUGGCUUCCCCCCUGACGCUCCAGGGUGGCAGUUCUACCACCCCUCCUCUCGUCGUGAUCUGUCCUCCCAGGACGUCACGUUCGACGAGUCAGUCCCCUUCUACCGCCUCUUCCCCUACCGCACUCCUUCCCUUCCCCCACCACCGGACUUCCUUGUGCCGGUAGACGCACUUGACCCGGUCGAGGUUACUGGUGACUCUGGUGCUGCUGCGGGUGCUGAGCCUGGGGGUGCUGACUCUGGGGGUGCUGUGCGCGGGGGUGCCGAGCCUGGGGGUGCUACUGCGGAGGGUGCUGGGCCUGGGGGUGCUGACUCUGGGGGUGCUGUGCGCGGGGGUGCCGAGCCUGGGGGUGCUACUGCGGAGGGUGCUGAGCCUGGGAGUGCUGAGCCGGGGGGUGCUGUGCCUGGAGCUGCUGAGCUAGGGGGUGCUGCGUCUGGAGCUACUGGGCCUGGGGGUGCUGCGUCUGGGGCUGCUGAGCCUGGGGUUUCUCCUGGUGCUGCGUCUCGGCGGGAGCCCCUCUCUCCACAGGAGCUGCGCGAGUGGUUUGCUCGCCGCUGGAGGCGUGCUGCUGGAGCUGGAGCUUCUUCGACCGUCGAGGGUGCUGGUGCCGCCGAUCCCGGGGCUGCUGGGCCUGCGGGUCCUACUGGAGCUAGGGCUGCUGAGGGAGUUGGUGCUGAGACUACUGCUGUCUGUCCUCGCAGUGGUUCUCCUGCUGGUGCUACUGGAGGUCCAGCCGCUGGAGGUGUUGGUGGCGCUGGUGCUGCCGCUGAGGGUGCUGGUGCUGUCCCUGCUGAGUCUGGAGCUGCCGCGCGGCCUCGGUUGUACUUCGUUCCGCUCCUGCAGCAGGUUCUUGGUCUUUCUCCUCCGGUAGAGUGUCCAUAG